AUGAAGAAAAAAUUGAGGCAAGGGUAAAGAAAGACACGGAAAUGAUGGCAAUGUUUCAGCAGCAGCAAGGGCAAAUGCAACAUCAGAACCAGCUGCUGCUUGAUGUUGUUAAUAAAUUGUUGGACAAAUCUUAAUAUGUUAACAGUCAUAACAGCAUAUACAAAAAUAAUUUAACCAAGCUCCCCUUUUUGCUAUCAACUUUUGAAUAAGCCUACCCUAAUAAAACUGUCGAAUUUACAAAAACUGAUUCCAACUUUUUCAUAAACACAUUAGAGCAUAUAUAAUAACUGUUUAUUGCCACUGGUCUGUCAUAGAGUGGUUAAUGCCAGAUGUACACUCUUUGAUUUGUAGAUUUUAAGUUGCAACUAAAGUGCAUCAUGGCCUAUGCUUUAUUUAAGGCCAUUGUCCUUCCCUUAGAAAGAACAUUCAAUUUUUUUCUUUAAUUCCAAAGCAAAAAUUGUGAUCCCGAUGUGGUAAAGUUUUACAGACUUUCUUGUUAGCCUUUAAACAGUUCCAGCGUCUUUAAAUUCAUUAAUACCACAGCACAGUUGCUCAAUUGUUUACAGCUGUACUUUUUAACUAUACUUUUACCUUUUAAAUAAAGUCUGAUUCUGCAGUUAAUCAUAUUUUACUGUAAACUGUAGCUACGUUUUAUUUGUCAAUCAAAUAAGAACCUGAUAGUAUUAUAACUGUUUUAUAUCUAAAAUGGUUUUAAAUUAUCUGUAGUACCCCUGCAUUACCUUCUCAACAAUUUAUCCAAGGUUUCCCUGUUUUUUUCUGUACUAAUUUGAGUUUGCAAUUAUCAAUUGAAGCAACACCCUUAAUUGAACACUUAAUUUAUUUUUUCUAUCAAAAGCUGCUGCACAUAGACAUUUUACGGCAACUAUUUAUGAAAAUGGCACAUAUGCUUUCCAGUUGAGAAAUGGCAUAAUGCCAUUUCAUCUCAAGUUUGGAUAUUUGCCAUAUUAAUGAUCCAGCUACUGAUUAUUAGAUUAUAAGCAAUAUUCACUGUAGCUAUUAUUUAAAAUGCGAGAGGAUUUCAUCAAAAAGCUAUGUACCGAUUUCUUUUGGAAUGUACCGAAUUCCUGCAUGUUGGCCUGACAGUGCAAUUUGGUUUUUUUAACAGAAGUACAACUUACAUUCAGGAGUAGAUUAUAUUCCUCUCUUAGCUUUAUAUUGAGCAGCUAUCAACAAGAGAGCAUAUAAAAACAGAGGUGGCUAUUAAACAGAAUAUAAAACAAUAAUAGAGAAAGUUUGACAUUGCAAUAUGUGUAGCAAUAUUUAGUGUCGUUUUACAGGGAUACCAUAAGAACUUUAUCAAUGUGAUAAUUUUUAAAAAAGCUGUUUAUGGUAUGUGAGCAUCUAGUGCCAAGUGGCUCCAUCUUCCGGGUUCUCAAGUCUUUUGAAUCAAUUAGAUCUACAAGAAAUACUCAUUUAGUGUUGGGGGCUCGACUUCAAAGAAUUUUGUAGCUCUGUUGCCAUUCAAGCAUUGGAGAGUUUACGAUUCAGCUUUCUUAAACUCUCUAUUGCUGGGGAGAUGGUGCCACUUGAAGAGUCUUACAGUUUCCUGUCGUGAAACUGGAAGACAGCUCGCCAAUCUGGUCAACUAUUGUCGAUAAUAUAGACUGACUAAUGUUAUCAGCCAUCUAACAACUCUAAAACCAGUGUGUGGUUGGCACAAAUCUCGUGCGCAAUGCUAAUUGCAGAUACUAAAUACAAAUUUCGGACAAUAAAUUUGAUUUUGGACACUAAAUACUAACCUUGGAAAAAAAAUUUAAAUCUUGGACAAGAACUUCCAAUCUAGGACAACAAAUUAAAUCUCGGAUACUAAAUACAAAUCUUGGAAAACAAAUUUAAUCUCGGACACUAAAAACAAAUCUUGGACAAAAAAUUUAAUUCCUGGACACUAAAUACAAAUCUCGGACAACAAAUUGAAAUCUCAGACAAAAAGUUCAAAUUUCGGACACCAAAUACAAAAAUUCAAACAUCAAACAUGAAGCUCAACCUGUAAAAAUUGGAUCUGAAUAUACAAAUAUUUUUUCAACAACCCUGCCUGCGGUCUGUGUCUGCGGCUAAUACUUUGAUAAGAAAUUUGAUAUUGAAUCACAUCAAAGGUAGCAAGUCAACUAGUAACUUUGAAUAACUCUGACAACUAGUAUAUAAUCUUUAUGAUGAAUAAUCUUUUUCAUAUGAUAGAUUCUAGGAGCUAAUUUGGCAAAAACAAAAAAAGCCAAUUGACAAAAACAAUCGAAACGUAAUAUGGUUCUACUUAAAAUAUUCCACAGACAUUUAGAAAUCUCUCAAAGGCAAUCCUUGGCUUCCAUUGAUGAAUGACCCAAGAAAUCUGUAUCUCAUUCUGCUCAAUCCAUUCUUGUCAUUAGACUCAAUCCGAGUUGUUGAUGUUGGAAUGGCGUGAGGUCGCUUAUUGGACUCUGUGAAACUAGUUUAAAUUAUAUUUUAACAUCAUAGAGAUUACAAUGGGAAAUUUAAGCUAUGAAUAAAAUAAACACGGGUAGAAAAAAACUGCUGAUUUGGGAAGCAAGGACUUCGAAGAUUCCCAGGAAACUUCUGAAGCUGAGUCUGUAAAUAGGCCUAGCAUGCCUAGGUCGGAUGCAGGUGAGUCUAUUGAUCUGAUGCAACAGGAGCAGCCCGUUUGGGUGAAUCAACUCCACAAGGAUCUAAAAAAUGUCAUUGAAACCAAGAUUGAUGAAAGGUUUAAUGAGCUACAAAAUAAUUUAUGCAAAAGGCUAGAAGUUGCCGAAAAAAAUAUUGGGAAACUGCAGUCAAAUAAUGAUCUCACUUGUGAUAAAGUCAGACAUUGUAGUAUCAAUUUCACAAGCAAAUUCUAAUAAAAUCAACAAGUUGGAAGAAGAGGUGCUAAAAAACAAGGUCUUAUCAAAGGCCUUCAAGAGGAAAUCGAAGAUCUUAGAAAUAGAACCAUGAGAAGGACCCUUGUCUUCCAUGGCUUCCCAGAACCAAGAUCAAAAAGUGAAAGCAGGGAGCAGUCAAAUGAAAUGAUUUCUAAGCAUCUCACCCUUUCGUAGUCAUAGGGAAAUUGAGAAUGAAAAGUGACUAUCAUUAAUGAUAUCAUAACUUUUGAUUAAUGCAUCGCAUAGUGAUAUACUUUACGUCAAAUGAAAGCAUAUAAAUUUCUGCAUCAGAAAAUACAAUUUAAUCAAUGACGGGUUUUCUUAUGAAUUUGAUUGACUGAUAUUCUGUUUGAAAUCUUUGCUGAAAUUUGAAUAUUUUCAUAUUUUCUCGUCUCGCUGCAACCAGAGUAGGAAGGGCAGGGUGUCCGCAAAGGCCUCGUUUUGAAGCCAUUCUAUCAACAACCUCGUAGCCAAAUUUCUGACGGUUUAGUUUCAAAAUGGCGUCCGAUAGCAAAGACGAAGUGAUUGACUUUGUUGUUGACGAAUCUACAGAUUUUGAGGAAACUGCGGCGCAAUAUAGUAAUUUGAAGGUAGAAGAGUUGAAAGAGUUGUGUAAAAGCCGUGGAUUAACCUGCACAGGAAGAAAGCAAGACCUUGUAGAGCGUUUAGAAGAUUUUGAUGAGAGUGGACCCAUUUGGGAUGAGAUUGAACGUCCGAUUCAUAUCCCGACUUUUAGAAAAAAGUCUGGACCAACAGUUAUACUCGAAGAAGGUGUCGCUGCUGUUAAAUAUUUUGAGUUACUAUUCACGCCAGAACUUUUGGAACAGUUAGUUUCUGAAACAAACAGGUAUGCAGCCCAAAGACUUGAGCACCCUUUCACCUCACCAUCUUCGAAAGAUAGAUGGGAACCUGUCACAGUUAUGGAGUUGAAAGCAUUUCUCGGGUGCCUCACAUUUAUGGGCCUAUGUUCUCUUGGAGAGCUCAAAGAUUAUUGGUCUGAAGAGCUGGGGCAAGAAAGAAUAAAAACUGUUUUCAGUUACCAUCGUUUUAGAGACAUAUUCAGGUUUCUACAUUGUAAUGAUAACAGUGCUGCGUUGCCAAAAGGUCAUGAAAGUCAUGAUAAAUUGCAAAAAGUGAGGCCUAUUAUGAACUUGCUGCAGCAAUCAUUCCAAAGAUGUUGGGUGCCCCAUCAACAGAACAGUAUUGAUGAGGGCAUGAUUUCCUUCACUGGAAGGAGUCCUUUGAAACAGUAUAUGAAGGACAAGCCCAAUAAAUGGGGCUUUAAGAUGUGGAAGCUUGUAGAUUCCAUUUCUGGAUACCUAUAUGCUUUUGAUAUUUACACGGGUAAAGGGGAGGAAAGAGAGGUUGGUCUUGGAGAGCAUGUGGUUUUACAAAUGGCAGAACAUUUGCAACUUGGCCAGCCAUGGAUGCUUUUUUUUGAUAACUUCUUUUCCUCCAUUCCACUUAUCGACAAGUUGUAUGAAAGGGGCAUAUAUGCUACAGCAACAAUUCGCUCAUAUAGAACUGGGGUCCCAGUUGAAAUCAAAGAGGCAAAGCUUCAACCUGGUGAAAUGAUUUGGAGGAUGAAAGACCCCCAGACAGUCAUCACCAAAUGGAAGGACACAAAAGAUGUGAUUCUGAUCAGCAGUAUGUGUAGGGCCACACCAGGUGACACAGAUGUUGUCAAGAAGUCCCAAAGAGGCACUGCUGAAAAAAUUGUGCGUCGAUGUCCACCUUGCAUUACAGCAUACUGGUCAAAUAUGGGAGGUGUUGACACAAAUGAUCAACUGAUAGCUUACAACAGUAUGUCAAGAAAAACCUACAGGUGGUGGCUCCCAAUUUUUUUUGAUAUGCUAAAAGAAGCUGUGGUAAAUGCCUGGAUUAUUCAGAAAAAUCAGCCAAAUGCCAUGAAAAUUGGGCAAAAGGAGUUCCGCGUCGAACUUUUUUAAGGACUGGUAGGAUCAUUCACAUCCAGAAAGAGAGAGAUUGGCCAGCAGCCUAACCCAUCAAAAAGAUUUGAUGGUGUUCAGCACUUUGUUAUUAGUUCUAGCAAAAGAGGCUGCUGCAAAAAUGAAUGUGGAAAGAAAGUACAAUACAGGUGCUCUUAUAUACAGUCUUUGUAUAGACUGUUUUCGACCUUAUCAUAUUUCUAAAAACAAGUAAAGUUAUGUUUAAAUACUGCAGUAAACUUUUAAUUUGAAUAACCUAUACAUGGAAAAUAAACUUUUUAUCAUAUAUUUGAGUUAUUUAUGCCUUUUUUCUGGGUUUUUG